GCUGUUUCGGACCAUGAGCAGCCGACGAAGCGUCGGUGGCCACCUGCACCCCAGGAACUUGCUCGCUGGGGCAGCAACUCCUCAUGGCGAUCAGCACAGUCUGAUGGCUCGAGAUCAGAGUGGAGUAGCUGGAACAAUGGAGGCCAGGUCCGGAAUGAUUUGCCUGCAGAACCAACUAUUGGCAAGAUGCUUUCCUUACUACCUUCACUACCGAAAGGCAUUAGUCAACACGAUGAGGACGACAUCAAACAAUGGCUGGAGUGCAGCAAUGUUGGCGACAAUGUGCCAGAGACGCCAAUUGUGCCAUGCAAGACUCCGUUUGAGGGCUGGCUGGCGGACUGCGCAUACCAGAACGGCAUGCUCGAGGACCACCAGUGGUUUGGUAAGCAGGAGCUAUUGCAAAGCUGUGAUGAGCAAGGCACGCCAUUGGGGUUGGUGAUUGACCUGGUCAAUACCUCCAAGUACUACAGUGGCUUCCAAAGCUGCGAUGGAGUGGAGUACCACAAGGUUAAGAUCCCGGGCCGUUGUGUGCCAGAGCGGGACACCCUUGAAGAGGUCUUCGACAUCAUCGAUGAGUUCAGUGAACGAAAGCCAGACCUGUAUGUUGCAAUUCAUUGCACACAUGGCUUAAAUCGCACCGGCUUCCUGAUUGCCGCCUAUUUGAUGACUCGACGCAGCACGCCUCAUUGGCGGGAUGCUGUUGCAGUCUUUGAAAAAGCCCGUGGCGGGAGGAUUGACAAAGCUUACCUCUUGGAGGCCCUUCAACAACUGGAAGAAGGCCAGUACUAA